AACACAAUGCUCAAGCUGCCUCGUGAGUUUCCGGUUCUCUAUCUAGGCUACCUAGGACUUUGGGAAGAUGUCUGAUCUUGCCAAAGAGAAAGCUGCUCGGCUGCUGAAGAAGAGAGGCAGUUUGUCUUCUCUUGGAAGUCACGAAAUUAAAGCCAAGGAGACUACUGGGAAAACAAAAGACUCCAUUAGCACAGUGUCCUACAUAGAUGACCCUGGUCACCAUGACGAUAACCCACGACCAGCAGUGCAGAUGGAGAACACCUAUCAGCUCAGCCCCACCAGACGCUUCCCUGUGAUGACAGUCAAUGACAUUUUAAAGGAUGUUCUGGCCAGUUACCUCCAGGAGGAGAAGUAUGAGGCAGAGCUGUGUCGGCAAAUGACCAAAACAAUAUCCGAGGUGGUGAAGGCAAGGGUAAAGGACCUGAUGAUCCCGCGCUACAAGAUCAUCGUCCUGAUCAGCAUCGGGCAGCUGAGUGACCAGAACAUGCGCAUGGGGAGCCGCUGCCUGUGGGACGUGGCCAACGACACAUUCUCCUCGCAUACCUUCAAGAACAGCUCACUAUUUGCCAUUGCCAACGUCUAUGGGGUUUACUCGGAGUGAGUCCUUGUCACUUUUCUAGAUAGAUCAUAUAGAUCAUGAGUCCUUGUCACCUUGUUUCUAGAUAGAUCAUAAUAGCACCAAUGCAUCAUGUGUGUAAGGUGUAAAAAAUAAGUCUUGAGGACAUUGCCCACUAGUUGUUUUCAGAUCUGUACUAAUGUCCAGGACUGGCCAUACAUUUUGUUUGAAUGAACUGUAUUAUGGCUUUUUAACAGUAUGUCACAGUAAUAUGAAACAAAUGUAGUGUUAUUCAUGCUUUUUCCUAUUAUUUAUUUCAUUAUGGAAAAUGUCCCAUACAUAACACUGCUGGAUUAGUCAUAAUAGAUAUUUUAAAUAUUGAAAUAUUUUUAUGGAAUCCAUUUUACCAAUACUAAAGCUGUUACACAGAGACAUAUAUUGGAAUAUAUUACCGAUGUUAUACUCUAUAUGUUACCUCUGGAUACAACAUGUACUCUAUGUGCAGGUGGAUGGGUGUGUGUUCAGAUGAGUUGGAUCUAUGUAUGUUGUAGUGCAAUUUUUAAACAAUGGUUGUAUAAGACUGACUUUUAUGACUUGAUUGCACAUGAAUAGUUGUGACAGAUGGACAGUCAAUGGACUUCUAGCUGUUCACCAAAGCACUAGUUUUCAGUUUUUUCUGUUUUGCUGCUAUUACUGAUAAAAUUCAACAUAACAAGAAAGACUGCACUACCUACUUCA